AUGACUUUCCCAGUAUGGAACAAUAUACGCCUUCCUCAGAGCCAGGAGGUCUCGACUGAAGAUAGCGAAGCAGAUCUUCUCCAUCUCACGCAGCUUGCCCUGCAGCUCAGAAAUAAACUUAGCUCAGCCAACGAAACCCUCGCGUAUAGUGUCUCCGCGAUGAUAACCAACCACAGCGACUGGGGCGGUUUUGAAGUAAAUCCAGGAGAUGUGAUAGUCACCAUCUGGAGGUACUUCAAGACGUUUAGUCUUGACUUUGAGCAGGGAUUGGCUAGAAUUGUUGUCGUUGAUUCCGGGGCGUGUAUCUUCAUGCCAGCCUGGGUUGGAGAUGGGUCGGAGUCUAUGAUGCGCUGGGAAACGUGUAUCACGAUGAAACCGGAUGGUUGGGAUUUCCUGGGGAAGGAUGCGUUGUUUGCUAGGAUUGUGGCUUAA